GCGUCGACGCCGGCGUCUGGCGGCGUCUCCCGCAGUCAGGCGCCCGUCAGCGGGGGAGCAGGAGCGAACCAGGGUCGCCGCACGCCGCCGCCAUGUUCCUCUCGUUCUGCCGCAAGAGGCGCGGCCUGCUGCUGCUGGCGCUGGGGGUGUUCGCCGUGUGCACGGUGGCGCUGGUGGUCGGGCUGUACUACGGCCUGAACCCCGCCAGGUCGGCCACCCCGGUGCGGCCGGGCGACCCCUCGCAGCCGCUGCCGCCGUCCGCGUCGCCGCUGGGGGUCUUCGCGCACGCCGCCGUCGCCACCAACGGCGGGCCCUGCGCCGGCAUCGGCAGGGACGUGCUGCUGAGGAACGGCUCGGCGGUGGAGGCGGCGCUGGCCGCGCUGUUCUGCGAGGGGGUGGCGUGCCCUCAGAGCAUGGGGCUGGGGGGCGGCUUCCACAUGACCGUGUACCGCCGCGCCUCGCGCACCGCCUACUCGCUGGACGCGCGCGAGGUGGCGCCGGCCGCCGCCACCGUCGACAUGUACCACGGCGACCAGAGCCUGGCGCAGCUGGGUGGUCUGUCGGUAGCCGUGCCAGGCGAGCUGAGAGGCUACGCGGCUCUGUUCAACCACACGGAUUUCCGCAGUGGCAACGUGCAGUGGUCGGACCUGGUGGAGCCAACCAUCAAGCUGUGCGAGGAAGGCGUGGAGGUGACGCCGUACCUGGCUGGCAUUCUCAAGUCUAAGGAGGCCAUCAUCAAGCAGAACCCCUCUCUCAGCGAGAUUCUGGUCGACAACGCGACGGGCGGCGUCUGGUUGGCCGGCGACAAGUUGCGCAGGCCGCAGCUGGCGGAGACCCUGCGGGUCAUCAGCAAGGAGGGUCCCGAGGCCCUGUACACGGGCUCCCUCGUCGACGGCUUCGUCAAGGACGUACGCGACCUCGGGGGGAUCAUCACGAGGCAGGACAUGGCCGACUACAGCGUGCGGUGGGCGGAGCCGGCGGUGGCUCGCCUGGACGACGGCGACCUCACGGCCUACUCCAUGCCGCUGUCCGGGUCGGGCCACCUCGUGGCCUUCAUGCUGCAGGUGCUGGACGGCUUCCUGCCCGAGCGGCCCAACGUGACGGCCUACCACCGCGUCGCCGAGGCCAUGAAGUUCGCGUACGGCCGCCGCACGCAGCUCGGCGACCCCGCCUUUGUGCACUCCCUUGACGACCUGCUGAGCAACCUGACCUCGAGGGAGUACGCCGAGCAGAUCCGCGCCCAGAUCAACGACUCGGCCACGUGGAGCGACCCCGCGCACUACGGCGCCGUCGUGGCGCAGGCCGGCGACCACGGCACGGCGCACAUCAGCGUGCUGGCGCCCAACGGCGACGCGGUGGCUGUCACCAGCACCAUCAACCUGCUGUUCGGCGCGGGCGUGCGCUCGACGAGCACGGGCAUCAUCCUCAACGACGAGAUGGACGACUUCUCGGCGCCCAACAUCACCAACGCGUACGGCCUGCCGCCCUUCCCCAACAACUACAUCGCGCCGGGCAAGCGGCCGCUGUCCUCCAUGGCGCCCACCGUCGUGGUGGAUGGCGCCGGCGAUGUGCGGCUGGUGGUGGGGGCCGCCGGCGGCACCAAGAUCACCACCGCCACCACGCUGGUAGCCAUCAACAACCUGUGGUUCAACAACACCAUCAAGGAGGCGGUGGAUGCCAGCCGUAUUCACCACCAGCUGCUUCCUAUGGAGCUGCAGUAUGAGUACGGCUUUUUGAAGCAAUACGUGACAGGACUCCGGGAGCUGGGGCACGAGAUGCUCCGUCUGGAGUCCGCCGGGUCCUCGGUGACUGCCAUCUCCCGCCAAGACGGCCAGAUAUACGCCAACGCCGACUACCGGAGGAACGGCAGUAUAGCUGGCUUUUGAAGGCGUGCCAAGAGACGCGCCGUGCGACGCCAAACUUUGAUGAGACAUUCAGGAUGUGUGCAAUUUUGAAGUGUCAUCGAACAAUGUGAUUCAUGAGAAUCGUACUAGGGUUUCAGACUGAGUUUUGUUUGCACGGUUUAACUGAUUUUAGGACAGCUUUCCAUGAUUAAAAUUUAUUUAUUUAUUUAAAUUUUCCUAAGCAAACUCAUUGAUGUGUAACAGGGCAAUAGGAAUAAGGGGCCAAUUUGUUAUAAUCUGUAUCAUAAUGUGAGAGAAAAACAGAAAUGGUUUAGUAUUCUGGUUUUAAAAAUUGUUUAAAAAAAUGUUUUUAUGGCAGCAUCAUGAAUAUGUUCUUAAUAGGUCUAUAAAUUUCCAUCAUUUUAUUAUUGUUUUGUGUACCUAACUAUUUUUUUUAAAAAAGAUUAUCUGAAGUAGUUCUGGAAUUUUUAUGAAAUAUUUGUAUACUAUAUUCUAGAAAUCCAAUACAGAAAAAUACAGUUUUAUUAUUGAUUAUUAUUUAAGUUUUAUAAGUAAGUUAUAUUGAAGUAUUAAUCACAUGCUAGUCAUUUGUAUAAUUUACCAAACUGUAUUUCUUUAUUUAUUUUGUCUACAUAAUUAAUUUUUUUUUUGUAGAAAACUUGUAAAGAAAUGUAAAGCUGGAUCUUUACACACAUCACUGCAAAAGGGACUGUGAUUGAGACAAUAAAAAAAAUGUAUUUUCCGAAA